CUCAUCCCACGGCUCCCACUACUCCCUCGUCAACUCCAACAUUCGUACGAGGCUAUGACUGUUGAUCCCAGCCACCACUAGGGGCAUUUUCGUACCUCCACAAACCUCUCGCUUCUCUGUAGUUUUCACUUCCUUGUAGGGUUGUUUUGGUCAUUCCGUGACUAAUACUAUCAGAAAUCAGAAAUAGUGGAAGAUAUCAGCGUACAGUGCAUAGCCUAGCUGAAGGGAUAUUUGUCAGACCUGGGAACCAAUCUCUCUCUCUCUCUCUCUCUCUCUCUCUCUCUGCGGCUCUCUCCCUCGCCUGCCUGAUUUUGUGCUGUUUUUUCACACUGCCGUAUCACUGCCACAAAAUCUGCCUUUCUUCUAAGUCGGCAACAUUAGCAACAUUUUCCCGCGUAUUUAGCCUGAGAUUUACCCUCCCGACUUUCAAGGCAACAAUUUUUAAAUCGUUCCCCCUCGAUUCUUGGAUUCUGACAUCCCACCACCGGAGGCAUCAGGCAUGGAGCCAGGGUUGGUUUUGAGCGAAAUGCAGGAAAUGCAUUCCGUCGCCGGAGGUAGAUUUUUUGGCGCCGGGGGUGCUGCUGGAAACAGGAGGCUCAGACCUCACCACCAUCCUCGCAACAACGACAGCCAGGACCACCAGGCCUUGAAGUGCCCGAGGUGUGACUCCCUCAACACCAAGUUCUGCUACUACAACAACUACAACCUCUCUCAGCCGCGCCAUUUCUGCAAGGGCUGCCGUAGGUACUGGACCAAGGGCGGCGUCCUCCGCAACGUCCCCGUCGGCGGCGGUUGUCGGAAAGCGAAGCGCUCCAAGCCCAAGAAUUCUUCCUCAGAAACUUCCUCCGCCACCGCGACAAAAGCACCACCGCCGGCCCCGUCAUCAUCGCUACCGGAGCGCGAGGGUAAGACGUCCAACUCUCAUUCCAGCAGUGAAAACUCCAGUCUUACCGCUGUCGCCGCCGCCGUCACCACAGAAGCGGUUUCAGCUCCUUCAUCCAACUCGACGUCCAAUAACUUGUUUGACAAUCUUCAGGAUUCGAAUCCCGUCGUCCAUUCUGAUUCGAAGCCUAGCUCGGAACCAGGCGUCACUGAACAAGGAGGAGACUUCGGGAUUUUCUCGGAGAUAGAGAACUUGACGAGCCUGAUCACACCCACCAACGAGACCCUGGCGUUCGGCUACGGUAAUAUCACCGACGCGUCUUCGUUUCAGCUGUGCAGCCAGUGGCAUAAGGGGAUGAACACGAGCGGCCGUUGUCAGCAGGAGUUGAAGUGGCCGGAGAUGAGGACGAUGACGACUGGAUCGUUGAUGGAGCAGACGGUGCCUGGGGAUUGGCAGGGGAGCACGGAUCAUCAAAGUUUUUUCGAUGUUGGGAACACCGUCGAUCAGGGUUUGUGGAGUCACAAUCAGUGGAAUGAAGACAAUUCGAGUCUUUUUCAGCUACCCUGAAGGUCGAAACACACACAAGGAAAGGGAAGCCGGAAAUGAAUCUUUCACUUUCAUCACUUCUUUUUUGGUUCAUUAUGAUCUUAAUCCAUAAAACACGAGGAAAUCUGAAAUGGAAAAACUAAAGCGGGGGGAAGAAAUCCUACAGUUAGCGAAUCACCCGAUGUAUAUUUUAUUUUAUUUUUUGGUUUGUAUUUUUUUUUUUGGGGUUAUUGUAAUGUGAAGGGGUGUUAUGAGUUGCGAGUUUGAAAUGAGGAAAGGGUGUGAGAGAUGUGUAUGUGGAAUCUUUUAUAUAAGUUGGUAUAUAGCUC